AUGAUCUACAAGAACAUGACUACACCGAAAGCCACCCUCCUGAGCAGCAGCCCCUUCACAGACAAGUCUUCAAACUCCGAGGACUGGUCUAGUUCAGGGGAAGAGGACGGCUUCGUGCGCAGCUCACAGGCCUCCUCCACUGGAUCGUGCAAAGGCAGCAGUCCGGGCAGCCUCAGGUCUCUCAAGAGAGACCAAGACCACAGUGAUCCACACGGAAAUCGCUCUGAGAGCACCUUUAAUUUCCCUGAUUGA